UCCUCCAACAGCCACCGCGCGAGGACGACUUCGCUUCACGGCUGGAGCUGAAGCACACCUGUUGCCACGGAAACGGUACCGGCGGGAAAAGAACACAAAGGAAACAAAAGAAGAAAGCCGCUGCCCAGCCAGGUGUUCGUCCAACAUGUCGUCUUCAGCGCUGUUGAAUCUGCUGCGAUGCGGUCGCUCCGCCGUUGCCAGGCAACCGUUCCUCACCGUGAGAUCCUCACCGGGAACCCCCCCGGCUUCAGGCCAGGUGAUCCAUUCAUGUAUCGACCCCUCUCAGGUGAGUCUGUCCCGGGUCGGCAGCGCGUCCGUUUUGGGUCUCAGGAAGCAGAACGAGGACCGUCUCCGCGUCGCCCGUAUCCAUGACGACCUGCUGUACUUCGCCGUGUUCGACGGCCACGGCGGCCCGCACGCCGCCGACUACUGCUGCACCUUCAUGGAGAAGUUCAUCAGAGACGCUCUGGAGGAGGACGACGACCUGGAGAAAGUUUUAAAGAAAGCUUUUUUUGACGUCGACAAGGCUCUGCAUACACAUCUCAGCUACUUCAACAACGCGUCGUUCGUGACAGCCGGCACCACGGCGACGGUCGCUUUGCUACGCGACGGCGUGGAGGUGGUGGUCGGCAGCGUUGGCGACAGCCGAGCGUUGCUAUGCAGGAAGGGACGAGCCAACAAGCUCACUAAAGAUCACACGCCGGACCGCAAGGACGAGAGACGCAGGUACGCAGGUUACUGUCAGGUGGUACGGCCCCAUGACGACCCGGACCAGCUGCUCCAGCAGAACAGGGACCGGACCCAAAAUCACGAAUUCCUCCGAGUUGCCGUGGACGACCUGAAGUUGCCCAACUAUACGCUCUCAAGCUCGAGACCCGACGGAGCGAAUGCAGGCUGGAACAAGAGCAUGAGGGAGGAGUCUGACUACGCCUUCAGGCCUCGCUCCUCUCCUGCACUGUGA